CAACAAUAAAUAACUUUGAAAUUGUCACUAUCGGUUAGGAACUUUACUGAUUCAGCCGGGUCUUGAUGGCUCAAAGUGCAUGAGUGGGAGCGAGAACACUGAUGGUCCAACUGCUCACAUUGACGUAAAAUUUAACAUACCCUAUUCUAAAUGAAGAAAUGUGUAAACAAAGCCCAGCCUAGUCAGGAUGAAAGAGCGAAAACUCAAGACUAUCCCAGUUUCAGAGCCCUGAAAAUGCCCAACGCUCUGCAUCAUGGCUCACGACGUUUGCUCAAUUACUCGCAGUAUUACCAAAGAAAGUCUGAUCGAAGCGCACGUAAAGUAUCACAAACUAGGACUGACUGAGGAGGAGCUGCAAAAUGCAGCCCUCCCAAACAAGGCUGCUUUAAUGCGAUCUACCACCCUUCGAGUACUGCUUUAUUGUGGCUCACUAACGUUGCUCAUCUCACUACUCAUCGGCUAUGACGUUCUGAAUGUCCUCCUAGGGAUUCGCUGCAUUGUGCCCCACAACUACUUCACAUGGGAGGCCACUAGAGCCUUGUCUGACUGCACGUUUUGCUCAAAUGUAACUCAACCAAUCGAAUUUAACAAUGUGACGCGGGAGAUGUUCGAGGCAUACGCGUACUCUUCGCAGCCAAUUGUUGUUAGGCGGGCCUUUCUUCAUUGGCCAGCAAUGAAGAGAUUCAGCUGGCAGUUCUUCAAGGAACUGUACACUGGCAUUGAAAAGUCCGACGAUUCAGAGUGCCAAUUUUUGCACUUUAAGUCCGACUUUAUUUCGAUUCGGGACGUUUUUGCAAUGUCCAGUGCCAGAGUGAGCAACUUGCCUGGAGAGAAGAGCUGGUACGUUGGGUGGGGCAACUGCGAUCCUCUAAUCCUAGAGGAGAUGAGGAGGCACUAUCCAAAGCCCCAUUUCCUACCGGAGGACGCGGAAAUACCUUCGCAGGAGUACGUGUUUAUGGGCUACGAAGACGGGGCUACCAUGCACCUGGACUUCAUCAACCGCCUAAUGUGGCAAGCCCAACUUCAAGGCUCAAAAGUGUGGACUUUAAAGCCGCCUCCCGAGUGCCAAAGCCGUUGCCAGGCUCUGCAAUUUCUGGUGCAUCCAGGAGAUGCAGUUUUAGUUGACACCAGAGUCUGGUACCACGCCACAACCAUCCCAAACGGACAGUUCAGCCUGUCCAUCCAAUCAGAGUAUGGAUAAUGCUCUGUAGGUCGUCUGACCUAGUUCUAGUUAACCGCCAGUAGCCAAAGUCCCCAACCAUUUUAGUUUUUAAUUAUGUAGUUUUACCCGAGAGUUCUAGUCCGAUAUUACCAUGAGUUUUCGCAAUGUAGUAACGCGUUUUAGUGCCAUUUUUGCCAAUUUGUUGCCUGUACGAUUUGUUUUACAAAGAUAUAUUUACAAAAA